AUGUCAGGAUUUCCAGGUUUGAGUUUUCUAGGCCUGAAAAGCAAGAACGCGGUUGUAGCAGGAGGCUUGACAGCCUUUGUAUUUGGAGUAUAUUUCUACACAAUGAGGGCCGUUGGUGGCACUGAUGAGCUUCAAAUGGCUAUAGACAAGUUUGAAGACCAAAAACAGGUUGAGACCGACCCCAAGAGGCUAAAGAUGGAGAUCAUGCCAAGAGAAGAUGAUAACGCUUUGUCAGGUCCAAGGCCAAUGGAGAUAUCAACUUUCUCAGGACCUGGUCCCUAUGGGAAGCAGAGGACAUCAAGCCUUGAAGCACCUAUUAUGCUGCUAACUGGUCAUCCGAGUGCUGUCUACACCAUGAAGUUCAAUCCAGCUGGUACUGUGAUUGCAUCUGGAUCUCAUGAUAGGGAGAUUUUUCUCUGGAGAGUUCAUGGUGACUGCAAGAAUUUUAUGGUUCUGAAAGGUCACAAGAACGCUAUCCUUGAUCUUCAUUGGACUGGUGACGGGUCCAUGAUUGUAUCAGCUAGUCCGGAUAAAACUGUAAGGGCGUGGGAUGUUGAAACUGGGAAACAAGUUAAGAAGAUGGCUGAGCAUUCUUCGUUUGUGAAUUCUUGCUGUCCUACACGUAGAGGACCGCCUUUGAUCAUCAGUGGAUCUGAUGAUGGAACUGCUAAGCUUUGGGAUAUGCGUCAGAGAGGAGCCAUACAGACGUUUCCAGAUAAGUAUCAGAUCACAGCAGUGAGUUUCUCUGAUGCAGCUGAUAAGAUCUUCACUGGAGGUGUAGACAAUGAUGUUAAGGUUUGGGACUUGCGAAAAGGUGAAGCUACCAUGACACUUGAGGGUCAUCAAGAUACAAUCACGGGAAUGAGCCUGAGUCCAGACGGUUCUUACCUUCUCACCAAUGGAAUGGAUAACAAGCUCUGUGUGUGGGACAUGCGUCCUUACGCUCCACAAAACCGAUGUGUGAAGGUCUUUGAAGGGCAUCAACACAACUUUGAGAAGAACCUGCUGAAGUGUUCGUGGUCACCUGAUGGUACUAAAGUCACUGCUGGUAGUGCAGACCGUAUGGUUCAUAUUUGGGACACAACUACUCGGCGCAUUCUCUAUAAGCUCCCAGGCCAUAAAGGCUCUGUCAAUGAGUGUGUGUUUCACCCCACUGAGCCUAUCAUUGGUUCUUGCAGUAGCGAUAAAGAUAUCUACCUGGGAGAGAUCUGA